AUGGUGGAACCUCUGGCCACUGCAACGAAGUUCAGUACGAUUGGUGUAGCGACAACCCUGGGGUGGGAAAAUGACGAAUGCGCUAAAGAAUACAUGCAGCAGCUUUUAGUGCGGGGACAUGUCAUUCUUUCCGCGCACAAUUGGAAGAUCAAGCACUUGAAGGAGUUCUACCCACGUAGCGCGCGGUUACUCGGGUUGAACGUGAAUAAAGGUGACGAGGUAUGUGUGCGAUUUCGUAGUCCAGGCGCAAAGAAGACGUUCCUCCCAUUCCACGAGGUUUUAUGCACCCUCUUGCAUGAGAUUGCACACUGCCGGUAUUCCAGACACGACAGGUACUUUUGGGAACUGUAUGCUCAGCUGGUUAUUGAGUGUGAGCGACUGGAGGUGCGUAUGGCGUCCGAGAAGCGAGAGGAUGCAGUGGGUGCGCAACUCCGCUUCAGUGAAGGGCGUCGCUUGGGUGGGAACACCAUUGCACUUCCCCCCAGCAACUCCGAUUCGCUGCGCCAAAUACUCGCAGAUGCGGCGCAGCGGCGACUUCAGUUGAGUCGACGUGGGGAACGUGAUGGUUGUGCGUGCGACAGUGAAAAGUUGGAUGGCUCUGUCGAUGGUGCCCGAUGGAUCUGCGAAAGGUGUGGCAACACCAAUGCAUCGGCGGUUUCAGCGUGCGAUUUCUGUUCUGACAUUUCGGGACAAAACGGGGAAUUGGAAGAGGGAUGGGACUGUCGGCGCUGUGCAUUUCACAAUUACCGCCAUCUCGAGCUUUGCGAGGCGUGUGGCUUUCCCUGCGUGGCUCCGGCUGCUGGCCAGUCAACGUUCGGCGUGAGGCAUGUCAGUGUGCUUACUGUGUGGCCUGAUUAUUUGUCUGCUUGUAAUCUCUUGGGCCGUUUAGCCGAUUCACUUGAUCCCCUUCUGCAGGAGCGGCGGUGGCAUUUGUUAUGCCUUGAAGAGUUCUCUCCGCAGACACCGUCGGUUGUUUCACAAGGUGAGUUCCCUAACGCGGCGCGUGCCAUAGUGAAGGUUCGUCUUCGUUUGCCGAAUCAGCCAUCGGAGUUGUUGCCGCUGGCGUAUGUCUACAGUGCUGUUCUUCACCAACUGGCUCAUAUGGUGGAGCGCAGCCACGACGUGGCGUUCCUCAAGGAGUGGGCCUCACUCCUGCAGUGCUUUCUUAAGGCUUCGGCUACACGCAUCGACCUUGGAAUGACAUGUGAGAUUAGAGAAAGUAUGCUCGGUUUCACUAAACAGUUAGAGUGUCUUACUAAGGCCCACGAAAGUGGUAAAAGGGCUCCGCUGAACAUGUUGUUGGCACACCCUGUGUUCGCGGAUUGCGGAAGUGCGGUUAAACGUGAGAGAUCCCCCAACAGCUGCGAUGCAGAACGGCAGCCGCAGUCGACUAGUCGAGCAGGGCGCCGCCCCAGGAGUUGGGCAUGCACAAGGUGUAGCUUUCUCGAUCAUGUUGACGGGUUCCUCUUCUGUGAAAUGUGUGGCGCACCUCGAGAACUGUGCGCGCCGACUGGUGGUGAGAAACCUCGUAUGCCUUCAUGCGAAGAGCCUGUUAUAAUUCUCGAUGACGACUGCGGAGAGGAGCAAAGCUCUAAUGACAGCGAGAGCAUGGUGGUUGUGUUGGUGUGA